UUGUGGCUUGGGGGGGGGGGGGGGGAGGGUGGGGGAUGUUUCCUGUAGAUUCAGUUCCACCCACUCCCUGCCCGUUCGUUCGUUCAUGUUGCGGAGAAAUUCCGCUUCGAUUCCCGCUUGUCAGCCGGUGUUUCGGGAAGAAGAGCAGUUCGGCCGUCAUCAUGAUUAAAGCCAUUCUGAUAUUUAACAACCACGGCAAGCCGCGCCUCUCCAAGUUCUACGAGCGCUAUAGUGAAGACACACAACAACAAAUUAUAAGGGAGACAUUCCACUUGGUGUCAAGGAGAGAUGAAAAUGUCUGUAAUUUCCUGGAAGGUGGCAUGUUAAUUGGAGGAGCAGAUAACAAACUUAUUUACAGACAUUAUGCAACUUUGUAUUUUGUCUUCUGUGUGGAUUCUUCAGAGAGUGAACUGGGCAUCCUGGAUCUAAUUCAGGUUUUUGUGGAAACAUUAGACAAAUGUUUUGAGAACGUCUGUGAGCUGGAUUUAAUUUUCCACGUAGACAAGGUUCACAAUAUUUUGGCAGAAAUGGUAAUGGGAGGAAUGGUUUUAGAGACCAAUAUGAAUGAAAUAGUAACUCAGAUUGAUGCUCAGAACAAAAUGGAAAAAUCUGAGGCUGGUCUAGCAGGAGCUCCAGCCAGAGCUGUGUCAGCAGUAAAGAAUAUGAAUCUGCCUGAAAUGCCUCGAAAUAUUAACAUCGGAGAUAUCAGCAUAAAAGUGCCAAACCUGCCCUCGUUUAAAUAAAAAAUAUACUCAACUUCCAGUUUGGGAAAGUUUCAGAAAAGGUUUACCAUGCAACUGUCUACCAAAUAAAGUAUAUAAUUAGUAUUGAAAAGUAUGUUGGGAAAUUUUAUUCUGAAUUGCACCAAUGGAACAAAAAAUAAAUCGUUUGUGCUUGAUUUGUUUUAAAUCUGAUCAGUUUCCUUUCUAAUGUCACAUUUACAUUACAUUCCGGCACUCUAUGAAGUGACUUUUAUUGUGUACUGGCUGCUAUUUAAGAUAAUUUAUUUAAGAUGAUAGUGACUUUGUACAUUCUAUGCUGUUAAACGGUUCUUUAUAUAUCUGAUGGGUCCCAUAUAAAGAGUAAAGCAAACACUCUAUUUUUUUGGGAUAUUUGUAUUUAUUCAGAAGUCUGUUGUAUAGGGAGCCAAAGAAGCUUGUAUGAUGACAAGUUUUCAGUUGCAGUGUUAUGACAGCUUAAAAAUAAAUAAGUUUUAUCAGAACUUAAAAUGUGCAAGUUAUGUCAUCCUUUCCAGUCCUGGACUUGUUGUAGAAUCCAGCUUCAGCGAGACAGUUACACUAUUUUGCUGACUGUGUAUUCAUGAUAACAUUUGUGUGUGUUUAUAGUUAAUGUCAACAGUCUUGAACAAGGUUAAAGCAGACACCAUUGUGAAGUUUGGCAUUAGAUUUUAAAUCACAAUGUGAUCAGAACAAGUCUAUUUUUUAAAGUAAUAUUUUGGCAUACCGGGGAUGGAAAGGAUAAAAACCAUCUUAAGUACUAAUAAACACUGGUUUACGACCAAUGCAUGCACGUUUGAUGUUGUAGGUUUGACCUGUAGGCUGAGUUGUUUAAUUUUUAUAAUGGAAAUACUAGUCCAUUGAGCACAAUGUUAACCCUAUGCAUUACUUGUACAAACAUCGAACAAUUGUAAUAUAUUCACUGUUUAGAAGUAUAACAUAUUUAUGAUUGGAAGAUUACUUGAAGUUAAUGGCAAAGCAUUCACAAAUUACUUAUCAGGUGAGAAAGAAAGAAAGACUUAAACACAUAGCUGAAAUGGGGUGAUUUGAAGGAUAUUUCUAUAAGUGUAAUUUGCAGUGUCUAGUUAUGGGGCUAAAUACCACAGCUUGAAAUGAUUUGCAGAUCAGCAUAUUUACAAUCUAGAAAGAACAAUUCAUUUAGUUUUAAAUUUCAUCACAGUAGAAUAUAUGCUAAGUAGUGAAUACAUUGAUAUUGUGCAGCAAAACAAGCAGCUGUAACUAUCUCAAUUUUUGUUACAUGAUUAAUAAAGUUGUAGUUAUUUUUGCCUUGA